CCCGCCCCGCCAGGGGGCGCCCGAGGCUGGCGGCGGCGCUCUGGGCGGCGGGCGCGCGGCGGGCGUGAGGCGGCGGAGGGGCUGGGGCCAUGUCGGGCUCGGAGGAGUACUCCUCGGCCGAGGACGAGGACUACGUGCCCUCAGGUGCGGAGUACAGCGAGGACGACGUGAGCGAACUGGUGCGGGAGGAGGCGGCGGACAGCCCGCGGCCGCCCCGCGGCAGAAGGAGCCCCCGCCGCCCCGCCAGCAGGAAGAGGAAGAAAGGAGGUCUCUUGCUAGAGCCAGAUGAGAAAGAGGAAGAAAAGGCUCAGCGGAAUGAGGAGGAGGAGGAAGAGGAAGAAGAGGAAGUGGAUAGUGUAGAGCAGGUGGAAAGAAACAGAGAAGAAGAAGAAAAAAAGAAAGAGGAUGCUCUUUGGGCCAGUUUCCUUAGUGAUGUGGGACAGAAGCCCAAAGCGGGGGCUGCCACACAUGUGACGCAAACUAAGAAGGCUGAAGAAGAGAAGAGUGGAAACAAGCUUCAGGAGAAGCCAAAAGAUUCAGUAAAAGUGACAAUCACCAAAACAUUUGAUUUCGCUGGUGAGGAAGUCAGAGUGACGAAAGAAGUGGACUCAAACUCAAAAGAAGCUAAAUCUUUUCUGAAGCAGCAAGAGAAAUGGCAGUCAGCAUCCCCAGCUUCCCUCCCAACAGUCUCUGGGGUGAAGAGGCCAAGUGGUAUGAGCAGCCUUCUGGGGAAGAUUGGCUCCAAAAAGCAGAAGAUGAGCACACUGGAGAAGUCUAAACUGGACUGGGAGAACUUCAAGGAGGAGGAGGGGAUUGUGGAGGAGCUAGCGAUCCAUAACCGAGGGAAAGACGGGUACAUCGAGAGGAAAGCAUUCCUGGAGCGUGUGGAUCACAGGCAGUUCGAAAUCGAACGCGACAUCAGACUGAGCAGGAUGAAGCCCUGAUGUGCCGGGGGUGGCCGCAGGGGAUCCUGCUCCCUUCUGUGCCCCAGUGCUGGCUGGGGGCUGCCAGCCACCGCCGGACCACCAAGCACAGAAGCCGUUCUCUACCCAAGACUCAGCCUGUAUGUCUCAACGUACAUACAGGUUUUUCCUUUUACUGUAAUAGUUUGGGGAGGGUAUUUGUCAGUGGGCAGGGCGCACUUUAAGGGUUAAAUGGCCCAGCAGGUGACAGAAGCAACCGGUGUGAUUCUGGCAGGCAGCUUUCCAAGGAGAAGAGAUGGUGGCACCCAUCCUUUGCCAACCCUGGAUGCUUCUGGCAACGGGAGGAUGCUGGAGCCUUGGAUAAACCUGGAUUGGUGUAUUUGGUGGUGAGAGCGGAGCUGCGGGAAGGUUUCACGGCUGCUGUGCGUGCGCAGGCUGUGAGCUGGAGCCCUUCUCCCGGCUCUGCCAGCCCUGCAGCACUCCCUGCCCCUCCGUGCUGUGCUCUUGUCCGGACAAAGCUCAACUGUCUGUACUUGUUUGUGGGGUCUGAUGAUGCUGGAGGGGGGGUUAAGCAAGCUGAUGAAGAAAUCUUUUCUUGCUCAUGCUGUCAAGAAGGUGGGAGCAGCUGCAGCAGGCAGGACGGGCCAGGAUCUAAACAUUGAUGUGAAUAAAGUGUUCCAUCCCGA